GCGAGUUUGAAUCACUCUCGCGGUACUUAUCAUACGCCGAUCGGUCUACGCAGCACCACAUAAAGUCGAACACGCCUUUCUUUAAAUUCUCUGGCACGGUGAAAAGAUUUUUCUACCCCUUUAUUUGUUUAUAUCGUGAUUCGUGGGAUAAAUGCACGUCACCGAAGGACACAAUUUAAGUUUAAUUCAUUAAUAAUGAGGGACAGACUUGACCACCUUCAGGCAGUAUCAGUGUCCAAUGGGACAGAAGGGGAACAUGAAGAUGCCCAAGAUCUCCAUUCAGAAAAAACAGACCUUCCUCAGGACUCCAGCACCAACCCUGAUUUGGAGUCUGUCUUUGAUGAAGCCCAGGAAGCUCGGCGUGAGAUUCAACUGAUUAGUUUGGAAGUGAAGAAUCUCAGGGAGCAAAACUCACGUAUCUUUACAGAGGCAGUGUGCUCGGGUACCCCUAAUACCAGUGACUCUAAUGCCAUCGCGGCUGACAUCAAGACCCGUGGACAGGAGAUGCUUGCACACCUUCGCAAGAUGGAUUCCCAUGCCAAAGAGUUAGAGGAGAAGUAUGGUGUUAAUUCACCUGUGGCAAGAAUCGCCCGAGCCCAGUAUACAACUGUAAGCAACGCUUUCCGCGAUGCCAUGGUGGAGUACAACGAUGCAGAGAUGAGCCACAGGGAGUCCUGCAAGGCGUACAUUCAACGGCAGAUGGAGAUUGUUGGACGAGAUGUCACGGGUGACCAGAUCGAAGAGAUGCUGGAGAAUGGCCAGUGGAAUGUGUUUAGUGAGAACAUGCUUUCAGAAGGAAAAACAGCACGGUCGGCACUCAUUCAGAUUGAGAGCAGACAUACAGAACUAUUACAGCUGGAAAGACGCAUUAAAAGCAUUCAUGAAGUUUUUAUGGACAUGGCCAUGCUAGUAGAAGAACAGAGGUCAGUGACAGAAUGCAUUCACACCAACGUGCAGUCGACUGAGGUGGAGGUCAAGAACAUCCUUGUGAAGCUUGAGAGAGCCAAGAGACAUGAUAGGAGCAAUCCAUUUAAGAAAAUGUUUUUCUGGAAACGGUGAUAUGGCCACAGAUUCACAAUGAUAACCAAUUGGGGUUCUCUGUGACUUUUUUCUACUUUUGUUUUUGUUUUUAUACUGAUUUGUUUCUUUUUUCUUUUGACUUCUGUAGAAAACAUGCACAUAUCUUAAUAAACCUGACAAUAUUUUUAGCAAUAGCUGACAAUUAAAACCAUAAAUAUCCUAAAUGAUAAAACCUCAUUUGUGCUUCGAUACCCUUUAAAGGGGCCAUGGCAUGAAAAUCAGACUUUUUCCAAGUUCUAUAAUUGGGUUCCCAGUGCUUCUAUCAACCUAGAAAAUGUGAAAAAGAUCAGCCCAGUAACUUAGGUUUGGUAAACCAUUCUCUGCAAGCACGUGAAAAAUUAGGUCAUUAAAAUUUGGCUCUCCUUAUGAUGUCAUAAGGGGAUCUUAUUAUAAUAAUACCGCCCCUUAAUCUGCACCAUCCAACCACGGCACAGCCAUUUAGUGCAGCGAGAAAGAACGAAAGAAAAAAUAAUUGACAGCGCAAUUGAGUUUCAUUUUCAUCAAACCAAUAUCAUUGUGUUCAAUGUUUGCACUUCAUCCGCUCAUUUGCAUUUUAAGGGACACACCCAAAAUGGCACAUUUUUGCUCAGACCUACAAAAUGGGAAUUUUAACAUGUUAUAAUAAAUUAUCUAUAUGGUAUUUUGAGCUAAAACUUCACAUACGUACUCUGGGGACACCAAAGAUUUAUUUGACAUCUUUAAAAAGUCUUGUGACAUGGCCCCUUUAAAUAAUUUUUAUAUGUUGUACAUAUGUGUAGUUGUGAUGGGGCUGACCAUUUUGUGCAUAAACCUCUUUAUUAGCUGUAUCUCUAAUUGUGGUUUUGAUACUUCUUGGCAAAGUAAGUAGCAUUGUUAGCUUUGUUAACUCUUGUAAAAUAUGAUGUCCCCUGGUUGUAUCCAUUAUACAAUUACACUACAUGCUAUUAUACAAAUACCUUUCUGUGGCAAAAGUAAGAUAUUAAAGUAUUAUUACAAGUAAUGCACAACAUUAAAUAAAUUGCAUCCGAGUAAACAUAACACAAAUUGAUGUCCUGUAAUCUAUUGACUGUCAGCAAAUUUACAUACACAGUGCAUGACAUAAAUGUGACUACUGUAUCUGGAAAGGUCUGAUUACUUGAAUUAAAUAACUUUUCAUACGCAAA